AUGAACCCAGGAGCUGUUACAAGGCAUGCAGUGUAUUUCUUCUCGCUGACACAAGGCACGGGAGUGAUGGGCCGUCAUUGGUGGCUUAAAGCUGUCUUAAUACAGUAUACCUUGUCAGGUUUAGAGUUGUAUCUCAAUGCAGCUAUCUGUAGACGGCCACUGUGGAUAGGGACCGUUGUUAAUACUGAAGCAGACUCUCAACACAGAUCGAACAUAAACACUUCGCAGAUGGAAGAACAGGAAGAAGCAUGGAAGCGCGCGGCUGUUACCCUUUUAUUUUACUGGGACCUUUGCAUGCUGUUUCUUCUGGUGGCCAACCUCAUCAUUCUCCCCGUGGCCAUCUCCUUCUUCAACGAUGACCUCUCCACCAGAUGGAUCGCCUUCAACUGCCUCUCCGAUACUAUAUUUCUGAUAGAUAUUGUCGUCAAUUUCAGAACGGGUAUCAUGCAACAAGACAACUCCGAACAGGUCAUCUUGGACCCCAAGUUGAUAGCCAAGCACUACCUGAAGACGUGGUUCUUCCUCGACUUAAUAUCAUCAGUGCCGCUGGAUUACAUCUUCCUGAUAUUCAACCAGUACCGCGACAAAGAGGAUUUCAGCGAAAGUUUCCAGAUCCUGCACGCUGGCCGCGCCCUCAGGAUCCUGCGGCUGGCGAAACUCCUCUCCCUCGUCCGCCUCCUUCGUCUCUCCCGACUGGUCCGAUACGUGUCGCAGUGGGAGGAGGUCUAUGUAAGCAGCUUCCUCAAUAUGGCCUCCGUCUUCAUGAGGAUCUUCAACCUCAUAUCUAUGAUGCUCCUCAUCGGUCACUGGUCAGGGUGUCUUCAGUUCCUGGUGCCGAUGCUUCAGGGCUUCCCCUCCAACUCCUGGGUGGCGAUCAACGAACUCCAGAAAUCCUACUGGCUGGAGCAGUAUUCGUGGGCGUUCUUCAAGGCCAUGUCGCACAUGCUGUGCAUCGGCUACGGGCGAUUCCCGCCGCAGAACCUGACGGACCUGUGGCUGACCAUGAUCUCCAUGAUCUCGGGCGCGACCUGCUACGCCCUCUUCAUCGGCCACGCCACCAACCUGAUCCAGUCGCUGGACUCCUCCCGCCGCCAGUACCGCGAGCGGCUGAAGCAGGUGGAAGAGUACAUGGCCUACCGCAAGCUCCCCCGGGAACUGCGGACGCGGAUAACGGAGUACUUCGAGCACCGAUAUCAAGGCAAAUUCUUUGACGAGGAGAUGAUCCUGGGAGAAUUGUCAGAGAAACUCAGGGAGGACGUGAUAAACUUCAACUGCAGGGCCUUAGUUGCUUCCGUGCCAUUUUUUGCCAAUGCCGAUGCACGCUUUGUGACUGACGUGGUUACCAAGCUGAGAUACGAGGUGUACCAACCAGGUGAUAUUAUCAUCAAGGAAGGUACCAUUGGGAACAAGAUGUACUUUAUACAAGAAGGUAUUGUUGAUAUUGUCAUGUCCAACGGCGAAGUGGCAACCUCUCUCAGCGAUGGCUCUUACUUCGGGGAGAUUUGCCUGUUGACCAACGCCCGACGAACGGCGUCGGUCCGAGCGGAGACCUACUGCAACCUCUUCAGCCUCAGUGUUGAGCAUUUCAACACUGUCCUUGACUCGUAUCCACUCAUGCGGCGGACGAUGGAGAGUGUAGCUGCUGAAAGAUUAAACAAGAUAGGAAAGAAUCCGUCGAUUGUCAGCAAUCGAGAGGACCUCACCAACGACUGCAAGACGGUCAACGCCAUCGUGAACGCGCUGGCCUCAGUGGCAGCGACCGAGCAGGGCGACGGCGGCACCAGCUCGGAAGAGUCCAUGAUGCCAGCCGACAGAUCCAGCCUUAAAAGUCGUCGGCAUCACCACCAUAACCUCCUCGACCUUGGUUCUAUAGGUCAAGCUCUGGCCAAAGGUCAUCUACCUAGACCGAAGAGUGAGAAUAACUUUGCCCUUUCGCUUGACCAGCCCUCACCCUUGAAUCGCAACCGCCCUUCCUUUCACAAGUCUGACACUUUUCAUAAAGACACCUCGUUCCAAUAGCAGGUGGCCCCCGCCCAUGCGCUGAUGCUCUUGGGCGCCACUGCUGAUCUAUUUUGUACUAUUAUGAAACACGGAGAGAGACCGAGUGACCUGCACCAACAUCAUAUAGCAAAGACAAACUUCCAGGCACAUAGUGAACAAUCCUUGUGAUCUGUACUUUUAGUGACAAUGUAGGUAUAAAAAAGUUGUUAGUGUAUUAUUAGGGUGCUCAAAACAAUGAGGACCUAAGCUGAUGAGUAGAUUGUUGGUAUAAACCUCAGUGCAUAAUGAGGACACGCACAUUGGUUAUAAAAAAAUAAAUAAAAAACAAACAGCCACAAAAGCUUUCGCCACACGUGAAUUAACAGUAAACGGUACUACUGUUGUGUUGUUAUUGCUUCAAAUGAUUAUCUGUUAUUAUGAGAAGGUGCCAAAGUCCAAGGAGAUCUGGCAUAUGAAUGGUGGUUCAGUCUUUGUUCCUGACAAGCUUUUUGUAAAGCAGGAGAGCAAUAAUAUAAAGUAAUGAAAGUGCAUUCUUGCUCAGUGCAGUAAAGGCAUCACAUGGGUACAACAUAUCUGCAUAGGGUCAUAUUCUGAAACUCAAGUGUGAUACAUGUGUUACUAUGUUAAUGUUUUUGUAAGGAGUAUUACAUUAUCGAGAAAUUUUUUAACUGUUUGAAUGACUUUGGACAUUAUAAUGCAAGGAGUAUUUAUGGUAAACAAAGAUUUUUAUAUGAGAAAGGUGUGCUAUCAAACCUAGGUGUAAGGUCCCAGCAGCAUAGCUGUGUGGUGCCCAUGUAUGCUGUAUAAAGCUCAUGUAUACUGUAUAAAGCUAAUAAUGCACACAUAAUUUAUUUUAUGUAUGAUAUAUUGAGCUUUUAUGUACACUGUUAUGAAGCCAUCCAUGCUGUAUAGAAGUAGUAUGAGAAAAGAAAUUCAUAAAUUUCUGCUGGCAUUGCAUACUUCACUUCAUUUGUGUUGUGUGUUUACUUUAUACGGACGGACACACACACACACGGACGGACACACACUCCACAAGGACGGACACACACACCACACGGACGGACACACACACACGGACGGACA